CCGCAGAGUCUCUGGCGCUGGCGCGGGCGGACUGGAAGGAGACGGGGAAGGAGCAACGUGAUCUCACUGGACGUGCCGGGGAUGAGGAGGGAGGACGUGAGGGUCGAGUUGGAGGAGAACCGGGUGCUCCGGGUCAGCGGCGAGCGCAAGGCGGCGGAGGAGGAGGUCGUCGAGGGGGAGAAGUGGCACCGGGCCGAACGGGCUACGGGCAGGUUCUGGCGCCAGUUCAGGCUGCCCGGAAACGCGGUCCUGGACCGCAUCAGGGCGCGCUUGGAGGACGGAGUGUUGAAGGUCACGGUUCCCAAGGUGGCGGAGGAGAGGAAGAAGCAGGCCAGGGUCAUCGACAUUGCCGGAGAUUCCGCCGCCUCCGGCGGGGAUAUUAAGGCCACAAAAGCUGAUACGGAGUAUAUGAUUGAAUGAUGCGGCGCGCCAUGUUAUAUAUAGAGCUGCUCUUUUAGAGAAAAAUGUCACUCUAUUCUUCUUCUUUUUUUCUUUUUCCAGAUAAGAAAUGUCAAACUUUUAU